AUGCCUGAGUGGAAUUGCAAAUGUGUCCGCAAGAUGACGUCAACGCGCGCGGAUCAUGAAAACUUCCGACCGGUUUCACCAAACUCGACUGGCCGUCCGGUAUCUGCGCAGGUGCAGCUCAUCACUUGGCUUGAGGCGUAUCAAGACUGGGUUGAACUAUUACGCCGCCCAUCACAGCUCGGUUCGAGAAUCUCUAAUUCUCUUCCUGUAAGUCACAUCGAGAUCCGGUCAAGCUUUCCCGCCAUCUUGGGAGAUUGCGCUGUACAAUUCGGCUUGAGUGUAAUCUUCAAUAUCGGGAAUGAUCCCUCGGCAAUGGCACACCAAGCGCCCACGGUCCGAGAGUUAGACGUAUUCACGGUACUUCGCAGGGCUAAAUUGAGCUCCUCAGAUAACGUCGAUGACGCUACAAGCUUAUCUGCACAAAUGACUGUGGGAUGCGAACAAUCGAAAGUCUGA